CCCAAGCAGGAAUUCGGCGUCGCCACCACCCUCGCUGAAGUUUUCGGUUACCAACCAGUCGACGGAAUCCUUGGACUCGGAUGGCCAGCUCUUGCUGUCGACAAGGUCGUUCCACCCAUGCAGAACCUGCUCAGCAGCCUUGACCAGCCCCUGUUCACCGUUUGGAUGGACAGAAAGUUGACCGUCAGCAACGGAGGUAACGCCGGUCUCAUCACCUACGGAGCCAUCGACACCAAGAACUGCCAGUCCCAGAUCAACUACGUCCCACUCUCAGCUGAAACCUACUGGCAAUUCCCCAUCGAUGGGUUCGCCAUCGGAAGCUACUCAGAGACCAAGAAGGAACAGGUCAUCUCCGACACCGGUACAUCAUGGAUCGGAGCACCCACCACCGUUGUCAGCGCUGUUGUCAAGCAGACUGGAGCUAAGUACGAUUUCUUGAACGAGCUCUACACCGUCGACUGCUCCACCCAGAAGACCCAGCCCGACCUUAUCUUCACCAUCAACGGAAUCAAGUACAACGUACCCUCGGUUGAGUACGUGCUUGACCUCGGUCUUGGAAAUGGAAAGUGCGCCCUUACCUUCUUCGGCAUGAACUCUGGAGGUUUCGGCCCAGCCUGGAUUCUCGGUGACACCUGGAUCCGUACCUACUGCAACAUCUACGACAUCGGACAGAAGCGAAUCGGUUUCGCCAAGGCCAACCACUCUGGCCUCUAG